UGUUACAUGCAUAAUAUAACUUUAAUGUUACACGUUAAAAUAUACAGGUAAAUGUGGCGCAAAUUGAUUUUAUUUAUUGGCGCAAUUAAUACCAGCAGAAAAAGAAAAAGUGGCGCAAUUGAUACAUUUUCAAAACUGUAAUUGGCGCAAAUUGGUUCUGGCCGUGUAGGAAUAGGAGGAAUAAACGAUCCUUUUAUCUGUCGACAGAAUACAGCUAUUUACACAUAAUUGACGUUAUAACCAAGUGAUCAACAGAGACGACAGAAGAGUCAAAAAUAGAAAAUAACAGGAGUGGAAAAUAUGUCAGACAGCAUGACAUUCCAUUCAGCAACAAAGUUCGUUGAAUUUUUCCAAGUUAUCUGCAUUGUAAUCACACUUGGCGGAGGAGUAGCAAUACUAUUGGACAAAGCCAUCAAAUCAUUCUUUUCCAAGUAUGACAACCAAAACACACCAAAGACUUUUUUCAUAUCUUUGUUCAUUGGAUUUCUCCAAGAGGUCUUCUUUUCUAUAAAUUGGAUGUGGAAAACUUCUAAUUUGUGCAGUUUUGAUAUAUUUAUGAAAGAUAUGUACUCGUUACCUGUCGUCUGCUUCGUAUCGACGUUCGCUGUAAUCACAAUAUCAGAAAGUUCAAUUUUGAGGUCAACGACUCGGAAAUUUGUAUAUGUAACAUAUAUUUCUACUGCCUUGUUGUUUAUCAUUGGAACGAGAACUAUUUUUAUUCUAUGUUACUAUGGUAACAAUUUUGCGCAUAUAUUCGGAGGUUGUGACAUGUCAUUCUCUAACUCCUUGUACAAUCAGAUAAACAUCACAAUGACAUCAUUUGUGUGCGAAUAUUGCAGCCCAGCCUCGUGUUAUGCUUUGGAAUACACGUUAAUAUAUAUACCAAGCACUGCAAUUCUGUUUUACAACAUUAAGGAUAUCUUAGAAAUAUUUAAACAAAAUUGGCAGAUAAAUAAGUCAGGUACAACACAAGAGAAGGAGAAACAUGAUAUGAAUGAUAUGACACAGAAAUGCAUCUUAUUAAUUUUCCUUUUGGUAAUAUGGAUUAUCAGACCGGUGUCCUGGAUAUUGGACUUGUGUUACAGUUUAACGUCAGAUGAUUUGAUUCCCAGUAUGACUGUUUUAAUUUUGUAUAUCUUUUUACUUUGGUAUUUGUCACAGCAAAUGUGUUUGCCGUCGUCUGAGAAUGAAAGGAAUUCAGAUCAUUACACUCCACUUAAAUACACCGUUGAAAGUCCAUUAUCUAAGUAAAGGUCGCGAGUAUUAAACUCAAUUACAAUGAACAUUAUUACACUGAGAGUUUUUAUAUUGUUUUUUUUUAUUGUCAGAUGGUCUGUGGAGUCAGUAACGAUAUAGAUGUAUAAUAUUAGCUUUAUGCAUCUAUGGUAACAGAAAGAGCAUAAUUAUGUGCACUGAGCUGCGUUCUUAUAAUUCUUACAACUAAUAACUUAUAAAAUGGACAUUAUCGUGUUGUUUACAGUCUACCCAACAAAGGACAGAAGUACUGGAGUGACUGACAAAUACAUUGACCAGCUCGAGCCGCAGGCAACCUUCUUUUUUAUACUGAAGAUGAAGGACAAAUGGCCGUGUUUAAAUCAAUGAAAAGUCAAAUUUAUAUAUAAUAUGAAAUAAUAAUGUGUAACAAAUAUAUGCAUUAAAGACAACACUUCAAAGGUA